GAAUUUCGUUGAAGACUCAAGAACUCUAUGUUAUAGUCUUUGUCACUCGCUACCUUGAUUUGUUUACGAGGUAUGUCUCAUUCUACAACACUGUUAUGAAGCUGGUCUUCAUUGGAACUUCAAUUGCUAUUGUCUGGUACAUGAGGCAUCAUAAAGUAGUGAAACAAACAUACAACAACGAUCAAGAUACUUUCCGACAUUAUUUUCUUGUUCUCCCUUGCUUCGUGCUGGCUCUGUUGAUUCACCCUGUUUUCAAUGUGAUGGAGGUUCUCUGGACAUUUUCAUUAUAUCUUGAAGUGGUAGCAAUCUUGCCACAGUUGGUACUAUUGCAACAUUCGAGGAACAUUGACAACUUGACUGGAAACUACAUUUUUCUUCUUGGUGCUUACCGAGCAUUAUAUAUUAUCAAUUGGAUCUAUCGUUUCUUUACGGAGAAUCACCAAGUCCGCUGGAUCCCUUGGGUAUCUGGCUUGGUUCAGACUGCUCUUUAUGCCGACUUCUUCUAUUACUAUAUAAAGAGCUGGAAGAACAACGAGAAACUCAAGCUUCCUGAAUGAUGUGGAUCUUUUUUGGUUCAGAUAUACACUAAGAAGUACUGUUAUAGUGGGAAAAUAUACUAGUUUAAGAAUUUUUUUUUUUUCCUUUUUUUUUUCAUUUCAGUUUAGAACAUGCUCUGUGGACCAGGUUGCUAAUGUACCUUUAAUUUAACAGUGACACUGUGACAAGAUGCUUUACAAUUGAAAAAGAAAUGUUAAUCACGUGUUAGUUAUGGGUAAUUGCUAAUCAGAUUUUGCUUUA